CCCACUCACCUCUCGACAACAACAACACAUUUCUGUACUUACAUCCUUACAAUCCAACACAUCCACUACAUCCAAGCAUGUGUGAUUUCAUACCCCUCAUCUGUGUCUGGGGAUGUCCUACCAAGAUCGAGCAGGACGCUAGUGGGCCAGCUAUGAUAUGUCCUAGAUGUCAUAAUGCGAGCGUGCACAACGCCAAGAGUCGGAUGUGGUUCGAAUUUUGUUUCGUCCCUAUCAUCCCCUGUCAAUCAGAGCAAAUCUACUUCUGCUCGAUCUGUUCCUGGGAAGUAAACAGACAAGGGAAUCCCGCACCGCCUAUCGCACCCGGGCCGGGGCAGCAGUACCAGCAGCUGCAGCCCGGAUAUCAGCCUGCGCCGAACCCCAAUCAAGGCUGGGGUGGACAGGCGCCGUAUGGCGGGUACGGCGCUCAGCCGUACCCUCAGCAACAGCCGCCUAAGAACCAACAGGGAGGGUUUGCGCAGCCCUAUCCUCCCCAGCAGGGGUAUGGGAAUUGAUGGGGAAGUUCGAGUUUGCCGUCGUGUAUGAUGGCUUUGGGUUGUAGGGUGAUAGAGGGGCAGUACCCAUCUAGUCUGAUCUAUGAUACGCUUUAUAUGAUAUUAC